GUGCUCAGGCCAGGCCGCGGCGGCCUCCCCCUGCCCCGAGGCGGCCUCCCCCUGCCCCGAGCCGGGCGCCGUGGCCCGGGGUGGUCCCCGCCGCUCUGCCACCCCCUUAAGGCUUCCCAGCCACCCUCCCGCCAUGGCCCGGGGGGCCGGCGAGGCGGCCGCGGAGGGGGAGCUGGGAGAUGACAGCCUGUCUGUAAUAACCUGUGAAUCAGAUACAGAAAUGAAGUUAAAGAAGAAAAUUUUUCACAAGCCUCCAAAGUCACCGAAGUCUCCAUACAGCUCUAGCACACAACUGUAUCCUAAAAAACCUGCAGUUUGGCGAUCUCUGCAGGGAACGGGCAGUGCGCAUCUUGAGAGUGCAGCUGUAAAAAACCCAAGGCAGAUGUGGCUGGGAUCACUGAAACAAGGAAUGAGCCAUCCUCUGAAAUCAGAUGCUGGCAUGGGGCAUAUGCGAACUAACAUUUCUAGUAGCACUCCAGAAUAUUUGAAGGAAGCUCUAGGAAUGAAGAAGCCAAAACACUCUCGUUCUGCUAGUAAUGGCUACAUUCCUGGAACUCCUGACUACAAAGAAAAAGAAGAUAUGUAUGAUGAAAUUAUAGAACUGAAAAAGACAAUACAAGCUCAGAAAAAUGAGGGAGAUCGAAUGAAAACUAAGCUCCGUCGACUAGAAGAAGAGAACAACAGAAAGGAUAAACAGAUUGAACAACUGUUGGAUCCUUCCAGGGGCUCUGAGCUGGCACGAGCUUUGUCAGAAAAGACGACUGAUAAUGGAUGGGUGGUUAGUGGAUUAAAGCAGAAGAUUCUCAAGCUGGAACAACAGUGCAAGGAGAAAGACAACACUAUUAACAAAUUCCAGGCAGACAUGAAGACCACUAAUUUGGAAGAAAUGAGAAUAGCUAUGGAAACCUACUAUGAAGAGGUUCAUCGUCUCCAGCUCCUCCUGGCAAAAUCUGAGACUAUGAGGAAAAAUACAGAGGGCAGAGAUACCCAAAAACGACUAAAGGCACUGAAUGCUGCUGUCCUGAGAUUAUCCAGGAACAUCAAGGAAUUGCAGAAUGAGAAUCGGAGGCUGAAGGAAGAUCUAGAUCAUGUACUGAGCAGUUCUUCUCCUUCCAAUAAAACAAAAAAUUUGUUAUUGUAUUUAGAUUAUAGCGAGUGGAGCAGACAGAGGCUGGUGAGGCGGAUUUCGGAACUAGAAAAAAAAGUAUGUGCCAUGGAGAACACCAGGGUGUCAUCAGCAGAUAGUGAGUCAUCACAGUUACGUGCUGUGUCAUCUUCGCCUUCUGUAGACCUGGAUCAUCCAGCCUCUCAACAGGUAGACCGUGUUGAGGAAUGUCGUCGCCUCCAAGGGCUAGUGAAGAAACUGAAGAGUGAUAGGAAGGCACUUCAAAAUCUCCUACUCAAUAAAGAAUCAGAUAUCAAGCAGUUACUGCAGGCUAAGGCUGAAGUGGAGCUGGAGCUGCAGAAGUGGCAGAAUAAGAUGGAAGAAAAGAGUACAGAAGAGCAGACUUUAAGUGAGGAAAUCCAGAACCUGACACAGAAAGUAGGGAAACUGGAGUCAAAAUUGGAGCAAGAGAAGAGUCAAAUAGCAGAAGAUACAAUGGAAAAGCUUAAUAAGUCUUCACCAGUCUGCACGGUUAAAGGCAAAGAAGAUCACAGGAAGGAACAAGCAGCCAAAAUCAUCCAGAGACAGUGGAAGAUGUACCGAAAUAAGAAAGAAGAAAUUGCUCUGGAUGAGGCAGUUGUUAUGCUUCAGGCAGCUUUCAGAGGACAUUUAGCUCGACAGAAACUGUUACUGAAUAACAGGAUGCAUGAUGCAAAAUCUCACAAGAACUCCUGCAUGUCUUCCACGUCAACCUCCUUGAGCUUGUCUUCUGAUUGCAAGGAGAAAGAUGAGAUUGUGACAUUUAUCCAGUCCGUUUUCAGGGCUCACUUAGCACGUACAGUACUGCUUGAGGAGAGUAUGUCUUUUUGCAGGCCCUCUGUGUCCAGUGCACCAAGUGAGAAAGCAGAUUCUGCAGUUUACAUUACAGAGAAGAAACCGGUCUCAGCAGCGCUCCAGAGACCUCCUUCAAUCUUCAUGUCGCCUCUUCCUGCCAGGUCCUCUGAGAAGCAAUCACAGCCUAUUCUCCCUCUGUCUGUGGAUGAAGUUCACUCAGACGAUUCAGAUGAUAUUGUCAUUGUCUCUCCGUUGUUGCAGAUGAAGAAAAACUACACCCACUUCUAAGUUUUGGUAACAGGCUCUGGUGAUCUUGAAUUAUUUGAUUCACAAAACUGUUUCUACCAAGAUAAAGCAUAUCAAAGAUGAAAAACGGGAGAUAUCAGACCCUUUUUAAUGACAGUUGUCAUUAUUUCAGCCAUAAAUGAUUAAUUGUUUGAUAUGCCAUCUCUGCAGACUUUAUGGCUAAAAGCCACUGACUGACUGUUAACCUUAUCCUCCUGGUACGGAUAGAGUUUGGAUUUAAAAACUAAACCAAAACACUUUAAUAUUUUGUCUCACAAUGAGGAUUAUAAAUUCAAUUGCCAAAUUUAAAUGAAAGCAAUAAAGCCUUAAGCUAUUUCAUGUCAAACAGUUUUGUUUCAGUUUGACUAAAAUAAUUUGUUUAAUUGGAAAGUGGUUAAUGACAUGGCUCCAAUUUUCAGUCCAUGUACGUGAAGGGGAACAGCUUGUAUUUGUUACUAGGUCCUCUCUUUAAAAAUUUUACUGUGUCAUAUUUUAAUAUCUUUUUUGUUUAUUUUUAUACUGAACACUUACAGUCUGUGCAGACCUUGUAAAGGCUUUUAGAAAGCCAUUUCUUUGUCAUAGGGCUAUUCUAGGCCUACUGUAUCAGCAGGGUUUUCUUAUUUAUUGCUUUUUCCAAAGGUGCUUGCUAAGAUAUGUAUAGUACUAUUUUGUAUUUGAAAUGUCCGAACACGUAAUCAAUUUUUUGUAUUUGUCAGAGACGGUGCAUAAUAGCAGGAGUGUUCUGUGAAGGCUACACUUGUAAGCAAAAAAAAAAAGCAGUCACAUGAAACAAAUAUGAGUGGAUUAUGCAGGAUCAUCUCUAAUAUGUGAAAACAUUUGGAAUAGGAGAUAUGUUGCUUUAUGUCCUGUUUUAGUUUGUCACUUGACUGUCUGAAACUUUCACCUAAAUAGAGUGCUCAUACACUGAGCGCUAAGGGGUUUUCAAGUCUAAUGUUGCUUUUCUGUUGUUGAUCUCUCUUCUCAGUACUACUUUGCAUGUGCACUCAUUAUAUAUACAUAUAUACUGCAGGUGUGCACUAAGUCCAGUCACAGGCUGGGAGAGGGGUCACAAUAUACACCCAUCUUCUGUCGUCAGGUACAGCUACAAGGUUGACUGCUGGAAAGCAUGGGCACUCCCAGCUCUGUUCUGAGGGAUAUGGAUUGGGAUGAGCAUAAUAUACAAAGCCUAACCCAUGCAGUUUGGUUUAGGAACAGAAGUGGUAGGUUGGAUUAUAAGAGAAAUUAAGACUACAUCCAGAAAUAACACUAUUUGAUAAUAUUGUUGUCCAUGGAAGGACCAAAGACAUAAUGGGCUCUGGAGAAUACGGUCCGAGGAGUCUUUCCAGAUCUUUUAAUGCAGACUGUACCCCUUCUUGACUGGAAGGAGGGCCUUAUAGUUCCUACUAUCAUGCCAACAUCCUUCAUAGGCAUUACAAUGUGUGGGUUUUUUUUUAAGGUGAACUAGAUAACUUAUAUGGUAUUUACUGGAAGGAAAAUUUAAUUUUACAAGCACACAGUGAAGUUUUUGUGGAGACCCUAAUGGUUCCUUUGUCAUCGAGGAGUAAUAAAGACUCCUGUAAACAGAAAGCACACUUUUAAAUGUAAGAUUUUUAUCACCUUUUCCCUCUUCUUUUUUAAAUUAAAAAUCAGUCGCCACUGUUUCACAGAAUACUAAUAAGUCAGAGCUGUCUCGGUUCUUUGAUUUCAAUGAAGCACUAUCUGAGGCUUAUCAUAGUUCAUGCCAGUACUUGCAGCCAAAGAGGAAACUGGAUGGCUGCAGCACAAUGCAGCUGAUUUCAUUUAAUCCCAUCAGUGGAAAUGCUGCCUGUGCUAUUUCCAAAGGCAGUUUUGGGAGCUCUCCAUACCCAAAGCAGUCUGAAGAAUGUCUUUUACACUCCCGUUGGGUAAAUUUUUCCUGCUGGUACUUUGGUCACAUGACUGUCAUCUGCAGAAAGGAUAAAAAAAUAUGUAAAAUAAAAGAAUAAAAGGGACAGAAUCCUCUUGGCAGAAGGUGAGACCUGUUUCCCUCUUUUUCUGGAAGUCACGUUAUGAAAGAGAGUCAUUUUGCUAAAUAAAAGCAGAGCUCUCCUGAGUUGCUUAUGUAUAAUAUUUCAAGUCUGUAACUGUGACUGUCAUGGAUACCUCCAGAGAGAGUAACUGGAGCUGAGGACUCUGACAUAUUAAGGGGAGAGUAUGUAAUGUGUCAGGAGCAAGAGUGAUAUAAAAUACCUACCUAGCUGUUCCUAUAGGGAAAUACUUGGACAGCAAAUAUAAUGAAGAUGACAUUCUUUUACUUCACUGUGCUGUAAUAACCAAUAUGAAAGUAUUAGGAAGUAGAUACAGAGCAGAAAGACUUGUGUUUUCACUGAGCGUAUGACUAGCAGUAGUGCUGUCAAUACACAAGUUCUGGGAUAAAGGGGAGAUAGUGUCUUGGUAUGACCCAAAGGCACAGACAAAAAUCAGGGUGAAAAGGAGCAGUUUUCUCCAUCUUCUCCAUUUUCUACUGCAUCCCAGUUUUCUGGGAUGAAUGAAGAUGUGUCUAGAGCUUCCUAAAUUUGAGUCUAUCUCCUAGCUAUCAAAAAUCUGAUACUUAACUUGAGCCGGGCUUCAAACUGCUAUCUCAGUUUGGAAGAUAACUAUAUGCUCGCUGCACAUCAAAAGUUUGGUGUGGGACAGUAGAAGGAGAAAGUUCCACAGUAUUAGUAGCCUUUAAUGUUGUUUUGUUAUAUACUGCAAUGGAAUGUGUUGAAGGGAGUAGUAAUUGACACUAUGUUUCAUUCUGUGGUUAUCUAUCUGAAUGCCAGCACCUGUAAAUCUGGGAAGAAGUGAGGAACAAUGAAGGACGAAAAAGUUAAUUUUUGAAUAAAUGGUGUUUUUCCUUAACAGGGAGCUGAGCACAGUAAAAAUAGGUGUGGCUCAAACCUGUCAAGACAGGCCCAAUACAAACCUACUCAAUUUCUGAAAAAUGCAUCUUCUGUAAAAAGUACUGGUGACCUUGUGGGGGCAUCAAGGUCUUGAAUUAAAACUAAACUGCACUGCAACCUAUGUAAUCUAACAGCACACUUUCCAUUCUACUGAUAGGGGAUAAUGUUACCUACUUAAAACCUUUUGCAAUUUACAGUAGCAUUUAGUUAGAGAUCGUGUGUGAAUACAGACUUCUGACUUUCAUGGGAUGUUACCGCUCUUGAUCUCUUUUUACCCUGAAGUGCCUACGCCUGUAAAUCUUUACUGAGGCAUCAAGACCUGAAAACGGUACUGUUUUCUGCAUAGCUAUAAAAAUAAUCCCUGCACAGGCAACUUUUAAUAUAGUCAAAAUGGAAAAGGAUUAAUCCUGGCAUAUGAGAGCGCCAUUAAUUUUUAUGAUCUUUUUAAUAUUUAGAACUGUGCAAGUCUUUUAUGUAAUUUAUUUGGGGAUCUUUUAAAAGCUAAAACAAUUGCAAUGUAUUUUCUCCUAAUUGUUGACCUUUCAAAUAAAGUUAAAGUUUGUAAAUUAA